CUUCUAUUCUUUUUCCGCUGAAGAAGAAGAAAAAGGUUUUUAUCUCUAAUCAGAGUUUCGUGUUUCAAUCAGAUUUUGUUUCUCUCUCUCUCUCUCUCUCUCUUCUGCUGAUUUUUAGGAAAAAGGAGUGAACAAACUCUUUGAAGGGAAUGCAGAAAGAUGGUCGGAGUAUCGCCGGUGAAGACUAAGCUCUGUGAUCGGUUUAACCGAUCUGUCGGCGGCAGGAACUGCCACCGGAAACACGUAGGAUGGGUGAUCUAACCGUUCUAAAAAACCAUGGUCGGAGCUAAACCAGUGAAGAUGGUAGAGAAUGGAUCUGACGGUACAAGCCUGCUUAACGGGCGUUACGAGAUAGGUCGACUUCUAGGUCACGGAACAUUCGCGAAAGUGUACCACGCACGCAACGUAACAACCGGCAAAAGCGUCGCUCUAAAAGUCGUGGCCAAAGAGAAAGUAGCAAAGGCAGGCAUGGAGGAGCAGAUCAAACGAGAGAUCUCCGUGAUGAAAAUGGUGAAGCACCCCAACAUCGUCGAGCUCCACGAGGUCAUGGCUAGCAAAACCAAGAUCUACUUCGCCAUGGAGCUCGUGCGAGGCGGCGAGCUGUUCGCCAAAGUCGCCAAAGGAAGGCUGCGCGAGGACGCGGCGCGCGUGUACUUCAAACAGCUGAUCUCCGCGGUUGAUUUCUGCCACAGCCGCGGAGUUUACCACCGUGAUCUCAAGCCGGAGAAUCUCUUGCUUGACGAGCAAGGCAACCUGAAAAUCACUGACUUUGGCCUCUCUGCUUUCGCCGAGCAUUUGAGGCAAGACGGGCUUCUCCACACGACGUGUGGGACUCCGGCGUACGUCUCGCCGGAGGUUAUACUGAAGAAGGGGUACGACGGUGCUAAGGCGGAUCUCUGGUCGUGCGGUGUGAUCCUGUUCGUGCUUCUCGCUGGGUACUUACCGUUUCAAGAUGAUAAUCUUGUGAACAUGUAUAAGAAGAUUUAUAGAGGAGACUUCAAGUGUCCUGGUUGGCUCUCUUCCGAUGCGAGGAGGCUCGUGGUAAAGCUUCUAGAUCCGAAUCCUAAUACCCGGAUCACUAUCGGUAAGGUUAUGGAUUCACCUUGGUUCAAGAAAAGAUCCAAGAAUGAGCCAGAGGUUCAAGAUCUUGAUCUCUCCGUGCACAAGUUUAAGGAAGAGACUGAGACGCUAAACGCGUUUCACAUCAUCGCGUUGUCCGAAGGGUUUGAUCUCUCGCCGUUGUUCGAGGAGAAGAAGAAAGAGGAGAAGAGGGAGAUGAGAUUUGCUACUUCUCGGCCGGCGAGUAGUGUGAUAUCGAGUCUUGAAGAAGCGGCGAGAGUUGGGGAUAAGUUUGAUGUGAGGAAGAGUGAGAGUAGAGUGAGGAUGGAAGGGAAGCUGAGUGGUCGGAAAGGGAAGUUAGCGGUGGAGGCGGAGAUAUUCGCGGUGGCUCCGUCGUUUGUGGUUGUGGAGGUGAAGAAAGAUCAUGGGGACACUCUUGAGUAUAAUAACUUUUGUAGUACGGCUCUUAGACCAGCUCUCAAGGACAUCUUCUGGACUUCUACACCUGCUUGAUUGGUAGUUGUGAGUUAUUGCUAAAUCUUGUGUGUUUUAAUUCUUGUCUGAAAAAUAUUGUUGGAUUCAAGAUUCAGUUCGUGAUUCUUGUUCUUGAUUCUAAGUGAAUAUUGUGCAGAGAGUGUGUGGUGUGUGUUCGUGUGAUUUAGAAUGGUGUCUUAAAGAUUCCAUAUCAAAUAAAUGUAUUUAUGACACCUUUAAGAAUGUUUUUUUUUU